ACCUGACGUAAAGGUUCUUAUUUCUUUUAAAUUCACUGCCUGGAGCUCUUUCUUUAGACUGUCGGAUGGUAUAAGUAAUUCUACGAUAUCAUGCCACAAGUAUGGGGCUCGGCAACGUGUGGAGGCAGUACCGCGUGCUGAUCGUGAUGAGCGCGAGCCUGGGCCUCAUCCACUGGGGCUGGUUCCAGCUGAAGGGCCAUCCGGCGCUGCACGGGAAGCAGCAGCGCGAGGACGACGAGUACAUCCCCGAGCCCGCCAUUGUGUCCUAUGUGGCGUCGGGGCGGCAGUCCGGGGGAAAGUAGUAGUGUGUCUGCGCUCCAUCAUCCAUAUUCCUAGGCCUUUUGAGAGCAGUUGAUCAUGACCAUGAAGAACCAGAGUUGGCUGAGGAAGAACUGGCUGUGGGUGGCAGCUGCCUCCUUCCUCGGCAUCCACGUUGGGACGUGGCUCAUGCAGAAAGCCAUGAAAAGCUCUGCUCAUUCGCAGACACGGACAAAACAGAAAAGUGUGGACGAAUGAUGUCUCGCAUUGACGCUGGGGUGCAGCCACGCACUUUUUGGCUGAGUCAUAGUUUAGAAGCCUUUUAGAGGAGAUUUAAAUUAAAUGGACACUCUCUCCCUUGUGGAAAUAAACCAUUAUAUUAAAAUUAGUGUUCAGGGUUUUUUUUUUUUUGGACCUGUCUGCCUUUUUUGUCCGUUUUGUUUUGUGAAAAAUCAAAAGAUGUCUCGUCUGUCAAAGAAGCAGCCCUCCGUCUGCACGGCUGCCCCUCUGACAGACAGCAACGUCUCCCAGAAGCUCGCUGUCCUCCACCAGAUACUUACAUCCUGUUUGGGCCCCUCCGGCCGACUCAAGCAGAUCCACAAUGACGUGGGGGGUCACGUCCUAACCACUUCCACCUCUUCCGUGCUGCUGAAGGCUGUCCAGCUUUCUCACCCUGUCCCGAAGCUGCUUGCUGCCGCUGUUCUCAACCACACCUCCCGCUUUGGUGACUGCGGCCUGUUUGCUGGGGUCUUGUGCUCUGCGCUCCUGGUGGAAGCUCGCAGGCUGAUGGUGGAGCCCCCUGCAGUGGCCACUGUGUACAGGCAGCUGCUCGGCCUCUGCACCACCUACCUGACCCAGGAAGACUGCAGCUGCAAGGUGAGGGUGGAAUUCAGCAGCAGCCGGGACCUCCUCACCCUGACGCGCUCGGUGCUGACAAGCAAGCCCGCCUGCAUGCUGACACAGGUGGAGGCCGAGCACAUAGUCCUACAGGUUGUGCAGGCCUUCUUGCUGACCGUGCCCUCCUCCACCACGGGUCGUGUUCGUCUAGGGACAGCUGUGACGCAUCUCGUGGAGGGGCAGCCCCCGAUGGCCUCGACUGCGCUUGUGGGGCUGCUGGUAGACAUGCCGGAGCAGCUGCGGGCUGCAGAUGUCGAGAGGCUGGGCGCUGAUCUCAGGGUGGCUCUGUUCAGCACCUCCUUGGCAGGGGACCUGGCGGAGGAAGGGGACGGGUCCCUGGAGGUGCACGGGGAGACCAUCGUCGAGGAGGCCGUGCUGCAGCAGCUGCUGGAACUCGGGGAGCAGCUGGUUACGGAUGGGGUGCGGCUGCUCGCCUGCCAGAAGGUGGUGCAUCCAGUCCUGCGGCACAUGCUGAGGGGGCGCGGCCUCGUCGUGGCUGAGAGACUUGGGCUCGCCCUCAUGGAGCCUUUCGUCCAGAUGACAGGUGCUCAGCCGGUGGCCACCUUCCAGGUCGCUGUCCCGUUCAGCUGCUAUGGGUGCGUGGGGACCCUUGGCGUCCACCGAUGUGGCUCCAGAGAGCUGCUCCAUCUCCUCCCUGCUGGGGACCCGGCCGUGUGCACAUUGGUGCUCUGCCACCGAAGCGAGACAUCACUGGAUGAGCUCAAGGUGACGUGUCAGACAGCAGAGCAGGUGCUAAGGCAGACACUGAAGGAGCCCUCAGCACUGCUUGGAGGCGGCUGCACUGAAUCACACUUGGCUUCCUAUAUCAGGCACAAGCCACCCCUCCCUCUUCCUCCCAAGAGCAAGACCGUUGUGACACAGGCCACCUCUGAUCUGGGCUGCUCCCGCAGUGACUAUCUGCUGGCUGCCGAGGGGUUCUGCCGUUCCCUGGAGGCCACGGCCCGAGCCCUGGAGUCCGACACCACAGUGAGUUUGAUGGAUUUGUGCCACGCCCACCGCUGGCCUACCUCAGCUGCCCCACCGCCAGGGGUCUCCUGGGCAGAACUGGUGGGGUCCUGCGGAUGCGGCCUAAUCAGCGGUCAAUCCAACAUGGAGUGGACUCCCCUCGGGACUGGACACGAGCCCUUCCCUCCAGCGCCUCUCAUAAACACCGCUUCUCAGCCACACGUACUCGAUUCUUUCCCUGCCAAGUUAAACGCCUUGCAGGUUGCUGUGGAGACAGCAAAUCUCAUUCUAGAUCUAAAGUACAUUAUUCAGGACAAAAAUGAACUUUUCUCCUCAUGUCAGUCAGGAGUUUAGUGAUUGUACUUCUGCUUAAUAAAUAAAUCAAAACUGGUUUGUUUCGCCUGCGGAGCUCAGAGGUUCAGUAAAUGAUUUUAACACUAGGUGGCGGUAUUUCACCUGCUCAAGAGUUUCAUAUCGCUAGUUGAUUUGCGUUUAUAACUUAAAGCAAAAGAACAAGUUUGCUGCAGUGUUUUACUUUUGAUCAAGCCUAGUAAAAUUUUGCAACACUUUGUAUAUUUUAUAAAACAGCAUCAGCACAAUUGCAUAUUGUGGUUUGCCAUCUUGUUUUACAGGCUAGAAAUUCUGGGUAGAAA